AUGCCGUCAGUCACUCUUGCAAAUCCCGACGACAAACGCAAUAUCAGGAAAGCCGUCCCCUCCCCAGCUAACAAAAUCAUCAAUGCAACUGUUGCAAGAUUAUACGUCGCUUAUCCGGACCCAAAUGCUUGGACUUAUACAAACCUUAUGGGUGCUAUAGUCUUUGCCUUUGACGUUGGAAAGAAGUCGUUUUUCUUUAGACUCGUUGACUUAACAGCGAAUCGCGGAAUUGUCUGGGAACAAGAAUUGUACACCGAUUUCGUUUAUAAUCAAGAACGCCCUUUCUUUCAUACUUUUUCGACUGAUAAAUAUCUGGCUGCAUUUUCUUUUGCCGAUGAAAUUGAGGCAGCUGUAUUUUAUAAGAAAGUCAUGAAUCGAGAAAGAAUCAUUAAAGCCAAAACACAAAAGCAAAGUAAUACUGGUAUUUUUGGCGGAGGAAAGAAGAGCAAGAAGGGUAAAAAGCGUGGAAAAAUCGAUAAAGCAGCGAUUGGUGCGCCGACAGAUUUCAGACACCUGGGACAUAUUGGCUGGAGUGCUGAAUCUGGUUUCGAUGUUCAGAACAUUGAUCCUUCGUGGAAAGAUUUAUUCGAUAGACUUGGUCAGCUAGGAGUUAGUCAGGAACUUAUUGCCAAGAACACCGGUUUUAUUAAAGAUCUUAUCGAGGCAAACGGCGGCAUGCCAAAGGCCCCAUCCGCUCGACCAACUAAGGCUGCUUUAUCAACACCGACAGUCUCUACGGUGAAGGCCAAGACUCCACCGCCGCCGCCUGCUCGCAAGAAACCUCCACCUCCUCCGCCUUCUCGGACUAAGGCGAAGACUCCACCUUCACCCCCAACUCGAAGUCGGAAUGUAUCACCAUCAAUAAAUCGUAAUAUACUGCCUCCACCACCUCCUGUCAAAGUACAAGCGGCCCCUCCACCGCCGCCGAUAGUUCGCCCCUCGGCGUUUGUUAGCGCUCCACCACCGCCACCGCCAGCACCACCAGCGGUUCGUCCAUUAACAUCUACUCACGCUCCGCCGCCGCCGCCACUUCCUCCGGCGCGUACAACAGCUGCUCCUCCACCUCCACCGCCACCACUUCCACCGGCACGUACACAACCAGUUAGUAAUAGUGCACCGCCGCCCCCGCCUCCGCCCCCACCAGCAGUUAGCAGCGCUCCUCCACCGCCGCCGCCGCCGCCUCCACCACCAGUUAGCAACGCUCCUCCACCGCCGCCGCCGCCUCCACCACCAGUUAGCAACGCUCCUCCACCUCCGCCUCCGCCUCCACCCUCCCUACCUGGAGGACCGUCUGCUACACGUGCAGUGCCAUCCCCUGAUGCAGGUCGCUCAAAUCUUAUGGCGGCUAUUAGACAGACUGGUGGAACUGUUGGGGCUGGAUUGCGUUCGGUCGGUGAACCCAGGUCUGCUCCAGUUACGUACGAUGAACCAGAGCCAAGCAGCCCCGGUGGAGAUAGUAACGAUCUAGCCAAAAUUAUCGCGAAUGCACUUAUUAGUCGUUCCUCUGCUAUCCAACACGAUUCCGGUAAUAUAUUUAUUAUGUGGAUUGAAGACUGA